CACGCACUGGCCUACUUACAUCCACGCACUCGAUGGUGAACAAACCCUUAGCCAUCGACAUCGCCUUUGCAUCUAAAGGACAAAUACCCAGCACGUCGCACUUUAAGGGGUUUCUCUUGGUAUUCCACAUCCUCCAAAUCCGAACACUCAACUCAGAAUAAGCCGAACCGGCCGCAAUAGACAAACAUGGACUUGAGAAUAGGACGCCAUUCGUUGAGCGUAGAACCGUCCGUUGACGUUGCAAGACAUACUCUGCUAUAAGACUCGCAUCCGCGCAUGUCUGCAGGGACUGGCGGCGCUUUAGAGGGCUCUUCCUUCAAUUCCGCACACAUAUCUGACCUAUGGCAAACUCCAUUCGUAACCGACUAUGUGAGAUUCGGUGCCGUCGGACCCGCGGAACAGACAGACUAGAUUGUGGAGAACCCCCACGCAGGGUCAGUGCGCUCGCAGGUCUGAUCCAGUAUACACGCGCUGUGGAAUUCUCUAUAGCCUGUGUAGAAUGGAGUAUCUGACAUCAGGUUUCUUUCCUCGGACAGUCCAUGUGUCAACUGCAUCGCAGCUGGGAGCCGCGGAUUAAGACCGCCAUGCCAAAGAACAUAAAAGCCGCCCUUGAGCGCAAAGAAGUCCCUUGGAUUUGUAUAUCACCUUGAACAGGAUUACUACAAACUCUAUAAUCCAUUGUCGCCUUUUGCCAACAAGAACGACGCUUCACCAUGACGAGCUCCACUACCAGCGCUGACCGGGUUGUCUUUAUUGGGGCCGCUGGCGAGAUGUGUCGCGUGGCCAUUGAACGGUUUGCUACCGCAAGCAAUGCCUUGCUGAUUCUAGCGGACAUCAACACGGACGCCCUGGAACCGCUUCUCGCGAAGCUGCCAGCUGGCCGUGCGACAACCAAAAAGCUAGACCUUUUCGAUGAAGCUAGCUUGCACGACACGAUUACCGGGGCGGCUCUCGUUGUCCUUGGCGCCGGACCCUACGCGCGAACCUCGGGGCCCGUCCUGGCCGCCUGUCUGAAGGCGAAGGUGCCUUACCUUGACUUUGACGACGACGUGGAGAGUACUACGGCAGCUCUCGCCCUACACGAAAAAGCUCGGGACGCUGGCGUGCCAUGUUAUAUUGGCUGUGGUGCCUCACCAGGUAUGAGCAAUGUACUGGCGGUUGACGCCGUCGGCGAUCUUGACACGGUUGAUACGAUCGAUCUCUGUUGGCUCGUGGGUGAUGAGCGUCCCGGUAUUGGCAAGGCGGUCCUGGAACAUCUCAUGCAUAUUGCUGCUGGGCCUUGCUUGACAUGGGUAAAUGGAAAGCCAUCGCUCAAUGAAUCCUGGGUCGAGACAGGAUAUGCACCCAUGGUAGGACAGUGUGGUGAAACACUCUUACACGAGACUGCACAUCCGGAGCCAGUCACCCUACCACGACUAUUUCCAAACACGUCGCGUAUUCGAUGCCUAGGCGGGCUAGAUCCUGCACCCUUCAACGGCAUCGCCCGUGGACUGGGUACAGCUGUACGUCGGCAAGCAUUGUCUAUGGACGAGGCCGUUAACUUCCUACUCGGCCUGGUCAAUAACGCUCCAUCGUACAGUGGGUGGACCGAUGCGCUGGGCGGCUUGACCGGACACUUCCGCGGCGGUGAUAUUACUAUCAAGGAACUGUGGCAUUUGGUGGCGCAAGGGGCCCAGGCUCUAGGCCCUUGGCGCUAUGCACUUAUGGGCAUGAUUGACCAAAUUCGAAGCGGUGAAUGCACAGUCGGAGAGAUUCUGUCUUUCAUCGCCUCUUCUGUGCGCGGCCAGCCAGCACCAUAUCGUGGCAGUCUACUCGUGCGAGCGAUCGGUUCCCGCCAGGGUCACCCUGCCGUGGUGAUCAAACGAACAGCGAAAUGUGGCGAAGGCUCCUAUCUUAUGAAGGACAUGGCGUCAAUCACCGGAACGGCAUGUGCCGCGUUCAUGGUAAUGGCGCUGGAACCAGGGCAGAAGCGGACUGGUGUGUUUGCUCCCGAGGAUUGGGCGAAGCCCCAGGCCUUCUAUCAGGCACUGGAGCAAGUGGGCACUCCCCGUGAAGAGAUUGUGGAAUGUCUCACUUCAUGAUGGAGUGAUCAACAAAGGGAGGGAAGUCGAACGGUUUGGACGCCGGUGAUGCCAGCUAGACUGGCU